GCCGUUUUUGUCAAUCAUGCUUAGGUAAACAGCGAGCCAGGACUCUGUUGUGUGAAGGAGAAAGACACAGCCCUAUACAUAAGAGACGGAGACUUUGCCUGUCCCUUGUGGAAGAUCUACAAACUCCUUGGUUUCUUCAUGGUCGCGCAUAAAUCGGCUGUCCACGUAUUCUGAGCUCAUGUCGUUCGAGUGGAACGUUUCGUUGCUUGUCUCAAACCUCCAACCACAGCUGGGCUACAUGUCUGUAGCCCAUCAUCCAUUUCCCCUCUUUGCCUGGGAAUUGCUACGGCGGGAGUCCGAUCUGACCCAGAACUUAGGGCUCAGGGUAGGGUCCGUAUGAAUGGCUUUCGGCUCAAUCCCGAGGCUAUUAAAAUAGCGUGGAAAGUUCAUGUUCCAAACAGCCUCUGCCACCAAGCACAUGGGCAAAAUAGCUCGGUAGUCUCUCAGCAUCAACCUUUUAUACCAGAGCAUAGCUACAGGCGCGAAACUUGGGGCGAGCUGCAUAGUAAUGUACAUAGACCCCCAUUUAGCACGAGUGAACGCUCAAAGAUUUUUGGUUUGCGCUACCGGGUUCAACGCAAGCCUGGCCGGAACUUUAUGAAUGCACUUCUAACAUCAUCCGGCACCACUUAUUAUUAUUUGCUCUUUUCUGCGGACUCUUCUCGACCAUUCCCGAGCAUCGGCUAACAUAGUACCCACUCUCGGAGCUUGACCUCCACCUCGCACAAAUCACGGCGAGGUGCGGUCCUAGCAUGCGUUUCGCUUGACAACUUGUGUGGAGAAGCCGCCUCCACUUGUAUAUAUGCAUCUGGUAAUUUAUCAUACCUUGCAUUAUCAUACCUUGAUUCCCCCCCAGUUUGUUCAGUUCACUCGCUUUCUUUCUUUCUUUUUUUUUCUUUUUUCUUUUUUUUUUUGAUAAAUUCCCCUGUCCCAAAUAAAUAGAGGCUCCUCUCAUUUCAUUUUUGCCUCUUGGGUUGCAACUACCGGAAAUCCAGCUGUUUUUCCUGUUCGUUCCUCCUCUUGUCGCAAAAAGCCCCGGAUUUCGAACUUUGAGAGCGCAUCCAGUGACAAACGUGGACCAUUGGCGAAUCUCGGCUGUUAUGAGCCAUGCUUCUCAACUCCAUAACCGCUUCACUGGCAUCGUGCCGCCUCCAUCUACCAUCUAUUGCUCGAAUUGGCCAAUGUCUAAAUUCCCAAUUCUCAACGUCAUUACGGACUGGGAGCUAUGCUGAUACUCUUCCUAACCUGAAAAUUGGAGCACAUACCAGGGUCCUUUUCCAGGGGUUUACAGGCAGACAGGCGACCGCGAAUGUGAAAGAGUCUUUGACAUGGGGCACCAAGAUCGUUGGCGGCGUAAAGCCAGGAGUGGAAGGUGAACACCUCGGGCUACCUAUUUUCCCAUCAGUACAAGUGGCACAAGAAAAAACAAAACCAGAUGCGACUGCCAUCUACGUACCAGGCCCACAAACGGCACAGGCUAUCGAAGAGGCUAUCGCGGCAGAGAUUCCUCUCAUCGUGGCGGUAGCAGAGCAUGUUCCCGUUCAUGAUAUGCUUCGAGUACAUGCAAUGCUUCAAACGCAAUCGAAAUCCCGCCUGGUUGGCGCCAACUGUCCUGGUAUAAUUUCCGCUAUUGGUAAAUGUCGAAUCGGAUUCCAGCCUCUUCCCUGUUUCUCGCCCGGUAAUAUCGGGAUUGUCGCCAAGUCCGGAACCCUUGGCUAUGAAACCGUUGCAUCAACGACACGUGCUGGAUUGGGUCAGAGCCUUUGCAUAAGCGUUGGAGGAGAUGUUCUAGCUGGUACGGACUUCGUUGAUGCGCUGAAGAUUUUAGAGCAUGACGAGGACACGCACGGUAUCAUCAUUGUUGGAGAAAUUGGAGGAGCAGCUGAAAUUGAUGCUGCAGAGUGGAUUCUAGACUACCGCAGACGCACUGUAGACCCAAAACCUAUUAUGGCUGUGGUUGGCGGAAUUCAUGCGCCUCCAGGCCGAGUCAUGGGUCAUGCAGGCGCUUGGGCCGCUCCGGGAGACCCUGAUCCACAAACCAAGAUCAGAGCGCUACGAGAUGCCGGCGCCGUCAUGGUAAACCAUCCAGAGAAUUUUGGCGAGGGAAUGAAAAUGUUGUUAGGCAACAUGAGCGCACGGCCUGCACUUCAGGCCGCUUCCGCCGCUGUUUCAAGACAGCAAAGGGGGUUCCACACUUUACGUCGGCCGACCAUUCAAAGGCAGCAUAUGAUGUCACAACGGAGAAACCUUUAUCUUAAGCAAUCCCAGUCAUUCGAUCUAUUAAAAGAAAAGGGUGUUGCGAUUGGCGAGUCGAAUGAAGCUUCUGAUUUCUUAUUUGGAAUUGUGAUAGAUCGGAAGUCACGCUCACCGUGUAUUUUGGCUUCUCCGACCACUAAUCCGGCAACUCAGGUCUCUCUUUCUAGAAAAUUCUCUUUUACAUAUGGUCGCACGCAAUUCACUCCCGACCAGGCUAAUAUCCGUGCGGUAGCAAGCCAUCUCAACCUUGGAGAGUCAUCUCUAGAGCCUCUUGCGAAGCUCGCACAAAAUCUGCUUGAUAUUUUUAUGAACAAGGAGGCUUUUGUGCUGGAAACAAUGGUCUCUGUGGGUAGUGAUGGUAGUUUUCAAAUUAAUGGAGCCCGAUUCGGCUUCGAUGAUGCCGCAUUCAAAAGUUCUAAGAGGCAGGAAGAUAUUCAUAAGCUGCGAAACAAAGCGGAGGAGGUCCCGGAGGAAGUCGAAGCUGAGAAUGAGGGUAUUGUAUAUGUCAAGCUUGCUGGGGAAGGAAGCAUCGGUACACUUGUCAACGGUGCCGGCCUCGCCAUGAACACAGUCGAUGCUUUGACCCAUCACGGUGGCCACUGUGCCAACUUCCUCGACACGGGCGGGAAAGCAACGUCCGAGACCAUAAAGUCGUCAUUCCGCAUCAUCCUCUCCGACCCGCGCGUGAAAACCAUCUUCGUCAACAUUUUCGGCGGCCUGACGCUCGGCGAUAUGAUCGCCAACGGAAUCAUCAUGGCCUUCCGCGACCUGGAUAUGAAAGUGCCUGUCGUCGUCCGCCUACGUGGCACUAAUGAGGAACUUGGGCAGAAAAUGAUUGCCGACAGCGGACUGCCUUUGCAUGCAUUCGACUCGUUUGAGGAAGCGGCAAAGAAGGUUAUUAGCCUCAGUCGCUAACUAACGGAACCGCCGGGUUUCCAAGUCCUUGGCUAGAAAAAGGUGAGGCUAAGUACAGUGGUAGGUAGUCGCGCCCGAAUUUAUAUUUCUAUACUCCGUAUCUUUCCCUCAUUUCUCGCUUGUUUGUUUCUUUCUUAUACAUACCCCGACUAAUAUAUACUUGAUAUGUUCACCCAUUGUUUCUUUUUCUAUGAUUUGGUCUAGAUACACGCUUUUUGGAUUUUAUCCAAACGAUUUACGUAUGUUCUUUAUUCUAUUUAUAUAUUUCUAUUUAUUUUAUUUGUUCGUCUGAUUUCUGCCCUUGCAUCUGGCAUUUGCUUUUGGAGGGCUCUGGUUGGGAACCUGGCGAGCGAGAUGCAUAUAUAAUAUAGAGCGCGUAGACCAACGUAUAUACAUAAUAUAUAUAUAUCAGAAUAAAAAAAAGGGUAGAUGACUGAUUAUGCACAUGAUAAUUUUAUUAUUUAGAAGUUUACUUUGGAUUGCAG